AUGACGGAGUAUAUUCGGUUCGGUCACAUGGAACUAGUGACCGAGUGCGAGCAUACUACCAAACAGGCAUACUAUCUCCCUCACCAUCCCGUUAUCCGAGAUUGCAGCACUACGACCAAGGUCCGUGUCGUAUUCGAUGCGUCAAGCCGAUCCUCCACGGGUGUAUCGCUCAACAAUGCGCUGAUGGUGGGCCCCACAAUACAGCAAGACUUACGAGCGAUCGUGAUGCGCUCUCGUACGUACCCGUUUGUUUUGAUUGCUGAUAUAGAAAAAAUGUAUCGGCAAAUUCUCGUGCAUCCUGAUGAUACCCCACUACAGAGAAUCUUCUGGCGCUCAUCUCCCGAUCAACCGAUACAAACGUACGAGCUCAAGACGGUGACGUAUGGCACAGCUUCGGCUCCUUUCCUGGCAACUCGAGUUCUCAAACAGCUGGCAAUCGAUGAGGCGGAGGGUUUCCCGAAGGCAGCGAGGGUUAUCAGAGAGGAUGUUUACAUGGACGAUAUCUUCUCCGGGGCACAGACGGUGGCAGAAGCAGUCGAGCUGCGAGACCAGCUGGUAGCGAUGUGCCUCAAGGCUGGCUUUCCGCUUCAAAAAUGGGCUUCGAACGACGAAGCAAUCAUGAAUGGGAUUCCUGCUGAGCGACGGGCGCUUCAGCAGUCGAUAAAUUUUGAUCAAGACCAAACACUGAAAACACUUGGCCUUCAUUGGGAACCGGGCACAGAUAUACUGAAAUUUAGUAUCGAUUUUAAACCUCCGACAGAUGCUAAACUCACAAAAAGGGCAACUCUUUCUUGCAUUGCGCAACUUUUCGACCCGUUGGGACUUGUGGGUCCAAUUUUAGUAACGGCAAAGGCAUUCAUGCAAAAGCUCUGGACGUUAAAGAACGAAAAUGGGUCAAUUUGGGAUUGGGAUCAAGAAUUGCCCGACUACCUUAAACAUGAAUGGGCCAACUAUCAUACUCAACUCCCCCUACUGAACGGUGUUCGGCUAGAGAGGUACGUUCUCCUGCGCAAGGCAGUCGAGAGUGAGUUACACAUUUUCUCGGACGCAUCCGAAACAGCGUAUGGUGCGUGCGCUUAUAUUCGAUCUGUUAAUGAUCACGGCGAAAUUAAAGUGGCUCUCCUUACAUCGAAGUCGAGAAUCGCCCCCCUCAAGCAAGUUAGCAUUCCCCGCCUAGAGCUUUGUGGCGCUCUUCUGGCUGCCGAACUCUACGAGAAGAUUCGGCUAUCAAUUAAUGUUGAAAUGAGUGUUAAAUUUUGGACGGAUUCGACAGUGGUACUGAGUUGGCUGAGGGCUAUUCCAUCAACUUGGACCAACUUUGUGGCAAAUAGGGUUUCCAAAAUUCAGACUGCGACGGAAGGAUGCUCAUGGCAACACAUUACCGGCGCAGAAAACCCAGCUGAUGUUAUUUCUCGAGGCUGUUUACCGUCAGAUCUUCUUUCGAAUUCCUUAUGGUGGCAGGGACCAGAUUGGCUGAACCAAGACAAGAGUUCUUGGCCUACUCCGAACGUUGAUAUCGUAACCAGCACUGAUUUUGAAUUGAGAAAAUCCGCAAUCGUUUCCUCUUCAGCGAACGUCGAAUGCAGCUUCAUUGAUGACCUCCUGAAACAAUUUGAAAAUUUUCAUGCGCUUCUACGCUUCACCGCAUAUGCGUUGCGGCUCAGCACGAAUUUCCGCCUGCCACAGAGCGAGCGCAGGUUCCAGUGGCUCACGACCGACGAACUGAGAACAGCAGAACACACGAUUGUUCGACUUAUCCAACAGCAGCAUUUCCCCGACGAGUGGAGAAGGUUAAAAAAAGGCGAGCCGGUAUCGAGUUCUUCGAAGCUGAAGUGGUUCUACCCAAUACUUAGCCAGCGUGAUGACGUCAUUAGAAUCGGUGGGAGAAUUGAUCGAUCAGCGCAACCGUACGAAUCAAAACACCAGAUAAUUCUCCCAGGAUCUCACCCCUUCACCGUUCUUUUGCUCCGCUCUUAUCAUCAUCGUCUACUGCAUGCUUCUCCCCAGCUGUUGAUAAACAUGGUCCGGCUCAAGUACUGGAUUUUGGGUGUGAGAUCAGCCGCUCUGAAAGUUGUCCACCAAUGUAUUGCCUGUGUGAGAGCGCGACCCCAGCUGAUCGAACAGCUGAUGGCCGAGUUACCAGCAUCGAGAGUUUCUCCCACACGGCCGUUCUCUGUUAUUGGUAUCGACUAUUGGGGACCGAUUCAAAUCAAACCACGACACCGAAGAGAUGCUCCAGGCAAGGCAUACGUGGCUGUGUUUGUCUGUUUUUCAACGAAGUCCGUCCACCUUGAACUUGUGGUGGACCUCACUACAGCCAAGUUUCUCCAAGCGUUCCGGCGAUUUGUGAGUCGUCGUGGUCUGUGUGCCCAUGUUUACACAGACAACGGUCGCAAUUUUGUUGGUGCGGCAAACGAGCUACGUAGGUUCCUCCGAAGCAACGACUACAAGAGUCAUCUGGCCAAGGAAUGCUCCGAGAAUGGGAUCCAAUGGCAUUUCAAUCCACCGAGGGGAUCUCAUUUCGGAGGUUUAUGGGAGGCAGCGAUCAACUCGGCCCAGAAGCAUUUCGUCCGUGUUUUGGGAAACCACUUACUGCCCUUCGAUGAAAUGGAGACGCUUUUGGUGCAGAUCGAAGGCUGUCUCAACUCUCGCCCUAUCACCCCUUUGAGUGACGACCCCACCGACUUAGAGCCCCUCACCCCUGGUCAUUUUCUCGUCCAAUCGGCGCUUAAGGCAGUGCCCGAUGACGAUUUUCUGUCGGUGCCUACCAACAGGCUGACUCAAUUGCAGCUGACCCAGAAGUUGGCUCAGAACAUAUGGAAAAGAUGGAAUGUUGAAUAUUUGGCUACUUUGCAAACUCGAUCGAAAUGGUUGAAGGCUCCUGUUAAAAUAGAAAUUAAUCGUCUCGUUCUUAUCAAGGAUGAGAAUCUCCCUUCCACACAAUGGGCAACAGGCAGAAUCCAUAAGCUUCAUCCCGGGGCUGAUGGGGUGACUCGGAUGGUAACACUACAGACAGCGAAAGGUUUCAUCGACAGACCGGUUGCAAAGCUCUGUUUGCUGCCGAUCGCAUCAAUGGAUGGCGAGAUGAAUGAAGGCGAGAAUUCAUCAAUCAGCAACGAAGUCGCAAAGAAAUCAGCAUGA